CGCGGCACGGGAGGUGGCGCGGGAGGCGGUGCGCUCCUGCGCACGGCCCGGGGCGGCCGGGGCACGGCGGCGGCGGCGGGGAGCGGGCACCGCCGCGGGCCCGGAAUGAGCUGUGCCCCCGCCUCGGCCUGACCCUCGCCCUGCCCGUGCCACCAUGCUCAUCAAGGAGUACCGCAUCUGCAUGCCACUCACCACUGAGGAGUACCGCGUGGGGCAGCUCUACACCAUCAGCAAGCACAGCCACCAGGAGAGCGAGAAGGGCGAGGGGGUGGAGGUGGUGAAGAACGAGCCCCACGAGGACCCCGUCCACGGCCCCGGGCAGUUCACCGAGAAGCGAGUUCACCUCUCCAGCAAGCUGCCAAGCUGGGCACGGGCAGUGACCCCCCGCAUCUUCUACAUCACGGAGAAGGCCUGGAACUACUACCCCUACACCAUCACUGAGUACACGUGCUCCUUCCUGCCCAAGUUCUCCAUCUACAUCGAGACCAAGUACGAGGACAACUGCGGGGACAGCGAGAACAUCUUCCACAGCGAGAAGAUCUUGGGCGACCAUGAAGUCUCCUUCCUGGACAUAGCCUUCGACGAGAUCCCUGAGCGCUACUACCGCAGCCUGGAGGACCCCCGUUUCUUCAGCUCGGCCAAGACGGGCCGGGGCCCGCUGCGGGAGGGCUGGCGCCAGCACACCAAGCCCAUCAUGUGCUCCUACAAACUGGUGAGCGUCAAGUUCGAGGUGUGGGGGCUGCAGACCCGCGUGGAGCAGUUCGUGCACAAGGUGAUCCGGGACAUCCUUCUGAUCGGGCACCGGCAAGCGUUCGCCUGGGUGGAUGAAUGGUGUGGGAUGACGAUGGAGGACGUGCGGCGCUUUGAGCGGGAGACGCAGGAGGCCACCAACGAGCUCGUCGGCCUGGUGGCACCAACCAUCUCGGUCAGCGAGGUGGCACAGCCCACGGCCACGCACUCGGCCCCCGCCAGCGCCCCCUCCACCCCGCUCAGCGACGACCCCCCCGACUUCCUCGCCCCCCCCAAGGCUCGCCCGCGCAAGAAGUCGGCGCCGGAGACGCUGACGUUGCCCACGCUGCGAGACCGUGCCAGCGCCGAGUGAUGCUGGCAGUGCCACGCUGUGCCGCCGCCCCAACUGCGCCGGGCCAGCCCUGCCGCCCGCCGCGGCCCCUCCGGCAGGCGCUAAGUGCAGGCAUGGACCCGCUGCUGGGGCGUGCGGAGCCUCGGGGUGGUCCUGGCCUUCCUGAAACCUUGCGGGUGCCCACAUGGGAUGUUGCCACCGUCGCUGUGCUGGACCCACUGGCCGCGCAGGGAGAGGAUAUCAGGUCGGUUCGAGGGGUCCCUGGCAGCAUCCAGUGAUGCCACGGAGCCAGAUCACCAGUGCCUGUGGCUGGGCUGGGCACCGGUGCCGGUCUGAGGAGCUGUAGGGCUCAACAAGCACUGCUGGAGCACCGCUUUGCAGGGUAGGCACUGGCACAGGGGCACAGCACAUGUGACAGUGACAGCCAAGUCCUGGGAUGGGGCUCCCCACGGGACCCUGGCACGGCAGGUCCCGCAGUCAGGGUCCCCUCUGCUGUCCCUCCAGAGGCCAUGGCUGCUCGAGGGGGGCUGGGGUAGGGGCAACCUCCCGUUUGGGGGAAAACAAAGACCUUUUAGGAAAUAAAGCUCCAGACACAGUG